UCUCGCUGCCAAGCGAGCGAGGCUCUUCAGAAGUACGCGAGGUGCUAAGGAAGCCACUCGUUCCCUUAUCUCUCUGUCGCGCUUGCUCUUACCACCAUGAUUAACACCUACCACACCAGCCUGCCUCCGCCGCCGAUUCCACCUCGCCACGGCGUGCCCCAGCCGGCUCCGGGCCGCACCAACCUGCCCGUCUGGCUCUUCUUGGUCAUCUUGCUGCUUCAGAUGGUGUUGACGUUUGGAGGAUUUGUCUACCUGUUCAGGAAGAACGCCUUGAUGCAGAACGAAUUCCUGAAUAAGAACAUUGAUGACAUCGUAGUGCUCAGAAGACUACGAGAGUGUAAUGAUGAAAGUCUGGACUCAAAUUCACUGCUGGACUGCAAGCAGGUCUUACAGGAAUUCAUGGCUGUGAUGUCAAAGAUAUCACAAACUGCAACUGGAGAAAAAGGGGCCAUGCUCUCUGGUUGGGUGCCCUUCCAUGACUCUUUAGCGGUGGCCCACAUGGUAGCACAACCCCCGCUUUCCAAAAUCCUGAAGUGGAACAGCAACCUGUCUCUGCUGAAAAGGGUGACCUACCUUUCCACGGCUGGCGCCUUGCAGAUUAUCGAACCUGGGAAUUACUACAUCUACUCCCAGGUGACCUUCAGCAAGAUGCACCCAAAGGCUCCCCUCGCCCAGAGCAUAGUGAGCAGCCACAGCUCUGGAGGACAGACGGAGGAGAAGGUCUUACUCAGGGCCUUCGCCACCUUGAAGAGUCAGAACACGCAGUUCACGUCCUUCCAGGGGGGGGUGUUCAGGCUGAAGAAGGACGAGCAGCUGUACCUCAACGUGACAGACGAGAACACCAUAAGUUUAGAGAAGAGCUCCACCACUUUUGGAUUAUUCAUGCUGUGAAUACAGUCGCAAAAAAAAGACAAUAAUCCAAACAAAUCCCCCUAUUAGAGUGUCGCUGGCCGCUGACGCAGAGGGAGACCUGCCCUGCAGACACACAGACACGGUUUCUGGCGAAAAUGCAGUGAACUUUCCCCACUACGAUGAGGAUGAUGAGCAGAGAGUCCAAGGGUUGGCCUAUUAUAUGGCCUUUAAUAUAGAUGAGGAUGUAUGCCAACGUGGCAUGUGAGAAACGAGACAAACAUGGAAACCUAUUGAGGAGGUGUCCUAAUAAGACUGCUUUUUCUUAUAUUUAACUUCUUUUUCAAUCUUAUAUAUCUCUUCUUCUAAUUGCACUACAAUCCAGCUUUAUGCUGCAUAGUCCAAGUGCUGUAUUUCAAUUUCUCCCAGGGAAAACCAUGGGGCAUUAGCAUCCAUUUGUAACCAUUUUGAUGGUUAUUCACUGUAGCAGGUACCUUUGUCAGGAAUUAAAUGACAAUUGAACCUGGAACCUGCAAGUGCAACCCACAGUGUCAUAACUAUAAAUUGAAGACACAUACAGUACAGUAUUUCACAUAUUUCAUCAAUUGUAAAAACUUCCAAAAUAACGAGUGUUGCAUUCGCACACAAGAUUGCUAGCAACAACACCACACCCACUUACUGUAGGCUGAUUAGCUGAGAAACUUAACGCAGUAUCUGUGAUUCCACUGUGAUAUUGGACAUUUUUGCCUUUUCUUUCAGUGGUAGAUCCUCUCACCAUACAUUGAAUGUAAUGUUACUGUGCAUACUGGCUGGAGCCACAGUUACUUUCCAACACCCCCUGCACACACACACACACACACACACACACACACAUAUAUAUAUAUAUACAUUAUGGGUGCUUGGGUUGGAAAUUCAGUCAUUUGAUCUAGCACAUUCCAUCUUUCAAUUUCCAGUAUUUACACAUAUUUAAAGCUAUAUUUUUUUUUUUAAGCAGAGGCUAAAGGCCAAAAUGAGCACAAUAUCUGAAAAUGUUUGUUAUAUUGUGAAUAUCUGUGAUUAUGUGAGGGAUUUUAAAUUAAGUAGUGUUGAUAUUCAUAUUUUGUAUUUUUUGUUGCUUGAAUAAUUUAUUUUUCUUAAAUGUAUUGUACUGUAACAGAUGGCUGAUUAUCACUUAUACCUUCUAUUUAAAAUUAGUUCAAAUAAGUGUAUAUGUGUGUUAUGUUUGUUGUGUUCAUUUACCAAUCUAAUGUAUACUGGAAAUUAAAUUUAUACGAUUACUUCA